AAAGAGAGAACCGAGAUUGUAAUCCAAGGGACUUCCAGUUCAGACCCCAAUGAUCCUGCUGCAGUUUGGGAAGAGUAUGAAUUCAAGUGUAAACCAGGGAAUCUGCAGAGGCGGCCCUGCCUGAUCAGCCCCUACCAUUAUCGCCUGGAUUGGCUCAUGUGGUUUGCUGCCUUCCAGACCUACGAGCAGAACGAGUGGAUCAUUCACUUAUCCGGGAAACUCCUGGCCAACGAGAAGGAAACGUCGUCUCUUCUGGCCUUCAACCCAUUUGAAGGCAGGGCACCCCCCAAGUGGGUCCGGGGAGAACAUUACAGGUACAAGUUCAGCCAGCCAGGUGGGCAGCACGCCCAGCAGCAGAAAUGGUGGAUCCGUAAGAGGCUUGGACCCUACUUCCCGCCCGUCAACCUUCAGGGUCUGAAGAAGUUUUUCAAAGCUCGAAACUGGCCUGAACCAAAGCAGAGUUGAGCAGAGCCCAUUGGAGGUCCAGAAUUACCGCCUGUUCUGUCUUUGGCCCUCCUUUGAGUUGUGUGCGUUCUCUGUUGUCAAUAAUUCACAGCAGGCAACCACCAGCCCUCUCUAAAGCCCACCAGGCCAGGGAUAAAAACGUUGGGAUUUCUUUUCUACAUUUGGGAGGUUGAGGCUGAAAUGGAUGCUCUGAACAUUACUUGGAAAUGAAUGGGGGGG